UCGUGUACGAUUUCGAUGUGUAUUUUAUUCGCAGAUUGGGAAAUUCAAAUAUUUUCUGUGCGUCUGCUAUUAUUUCGAGGAAUUUCAAUGGCCGAUUCCUUUGUUCUAGGGACGAAAAUGGCGGAAGCAGUGCGAAAUUGAGGGAAAGGAGCUUUUUUUUGGGGAACUUUGGUCCGUUAGGGGUAAAUCCGUCAUUUAGUUGAACUUGACCUGGCGCAAUCAAUUUUAUGCCUUGGAAAUGUCGUCAGCAUUUUCCCCUUUUUGCUUCAAUCAAAUCAUCACUAGAAGAGAGAGAGAGAGAGAGAGGAAGAGAGAGAGAGAGCGCGCGGCUGUGACUGUGGGAGGUAUCCAUUUGCUUGGCUAAUCUGAGAUAUUGGGAAUUUCUGCAGCGUGUGCACGGUUUAACUUGGAUGAGAGUGGAAUUUGGAGCAAGUAGUCGAGCAAUGGUGUCUCUCCCUAGUGCUUCUGUACAAUCAAGUUACAUGAGAUACCCUUUCGGUGGGGAGGCAAAUGGGACUCAUCUAUCUAGAGGUUCUAUAUAUUCCACUGCUUUUACGAGAAAGAGUGUAGAAUGGAAGGAAUCAAGAACCAUCGGGCAACUGAAAACAGUGGCUUCGACCGUGAUGCUUAUAAAGGAAUGCCGAUCUUUGAGAACAAAUUGCUCCUUAGGACAGUUUGCCCUAACUCACCCACACGAUGUCAAGGUUGAUAAGGAAGAUGCUGGUUUUCUUAGGGUAAGGAAGCCGGUGGAUGCAAAAAGAUCCCUCCAAAUGUGUAGUUUAUUCAGGAAUCCUAAAGUUCAUUGCAACGCGUCAACCUCUGGAGAUCUUUCUGGAAGUACCCCUGGUCAAAUGAGCCAAUACGAAAAAAUAAUAGAAACAUUGACCACUCUGUUUCCAGUAUGGGUCAUUUUAGGCACUGUUAUUGGCAUUUACAAGCCUUCGAUGGUAACUUGGUUACAGACAGACCUAUUUACCGUUGGUUUGGGUUUCCUCAUGCUCUCGAUGGGAUUGACACUCACAUUUGAGGAUUUCAGACGAUGCUUACGUAAUCCAUGGACUGUUGGUGUAGGAUUUUUGGCUCAAUACCUCAUCAAACCGAUGUUGGGCUUUUUCCUUGCAAUGACACUGAAAUUGUCUGCUCCUCUGGCAACUGGACUUAUCUUGGUUUCGUGCUGUCCUGGAGGUCAGGCAUCGAAUGUUGCUACUUAUAUAUCGAAGGGCAACGUUGCACUCUCAGUUCUCAUGACAACUUGUUCAACCAUUGGAGCUAUUAUCAUGACUCCACUCCUGACUAAGCUUCUUGCCGGUCAACUUGUUCCGGUCGAUGCUGCGGGCCUAGCUAUUAGCACAUUUCAGGUUGUCUUAUUGCCAACAAUUCUCGGGGUUUUGGCAAAUGAGUAUUUUCCGAAGUUCACCUCGAAAAUUAUUACUGUUACACCUUUAAUUGGAGUCAUCCUGACCACUCUGCUAUGUGCAAGUCCGAUUGGGCAAGUUGCAGAUGUCCUGAAAACUCAGGGAUUACAGUUGUUAUUGCCAGUGGCUAUCUUACACGCCGCAGCAUUCUUUAUCGGUUAUUUGAUAUCAAAAACAUCGUUUGGUGAAUCGACUUCAAGGACCAUUUCUAUAGAAUGUGGAAUGCAGAGUUCUGCACUUGGAUUUUUACUAGCACAGAAGCACUUCACAAAUCCUCUUGUGGCAGUACCUUCUGCCGUGAGCGUCGUCUGCAUGGCGCUGGGAGGAAGUGCUCUAGCAGUGUACUGGAGAAACCAGCCAAUUCCAGCUGAUGACAAGGAUGAUUUCAAGGAAUAGAAAAAUUGAGUUGUUUUUCGGGGUUUUUUUUUUUUUUUUUUUGAAUAUUUGUGUUUUGAAUUUUGAUAUAACACUCCUUAAACCUUUUUUGGGCUAUGUAUUAUUAUUCAUUCGGAACGAUUAAUGGUUGCUUUAUAAGUUACAUUAGCUAAUUCUUAGACA